CCCUUCCUUUCCUUGUCCUGUCGUCCCGGAAUCGUGGCACACACCUUGCGAGGGAGCAGAACGAGAGCGGUMGAGACCCAAGAAAUUGUUCACCGCAUCGACAAGAGAGCCUUUGUGUGUGGAUUGAACAUGUCCACGGCGCUAGCGACAAAGAAUCACCACACGUUCGYYGCAGUUUGCCAUCUCCUUCGUUUCCUGGUAUUUCUCGGAGCUUUUUCUCUGGUUGCUAGCYUYGYAUCGCCGACYGGUGUUGGAGUUGGUGCGAGCGAAGCCAAAAAGCGGGGAUUGUCUGCUAAAGCAUUAGCUUCGGCGAUGUCGUCUGUGACUUCAAAAGAUUCAACAAAYCUGACCAGUCCCUUGCUGGACGAAUCGUCCCAGUUGUUGCCGGCCUCCGACGGCAAAGCGGCAGCCAUGGGCCAGAGCAAGCGCAACCCCUCCGUUUCCUCGCUGUUGGCGAGCACAGGAAGCAGCGGCAACAAACACAGUAGCAACCGAGAACCGACUGCGAUCCAGAAACUCGUUCGACGGUGCACCGUCUUUUGGGUAGCUUUUCGAGUCUUUGUCGACUACAAGUGGGCGAACUACCGGGCAAAGCGACUCAAGAAACGGCUGGGUCUGUGGUCGUCCUCGCCCUCCGGGGCAAAGGACGACAACGAAAGCGACGAMCAUCCCGAGGUCCUCGCCUUCUGGUCCGGUGUCCACGAAACGAACGCGUCGAGGCUGCUCUCGCAGAUCAAGGGCCUGGCCGGAUUCUGGGUCAAGGUGGGCCAGUACCUGAGCACCCGCGCCGACAUUAUGCCACCGGAAUACAUUGCGUCCCUGUCCGAGCUCCAGGAYUCGAUGCCCCCCAAACCCUUCGGKGACGUCCUGGCCACGAUUUCGGAGGAACUGGGGCCCRAGGGCUUGAAGCUCAUCGAAUCGAUCGAUCCGGAACCCCUCUCGACGGCGAGUCUGGCGCAGGUCCACAGGGCCACCCUGAAACCAACGGAAGAUUCUAGUGGGACYGGUGCACCCCGGGAGGYGGUUCUGAAAGUCCAGCACCGGGGCGUCGCCUCGCUCAUGCUGCAGGACAUGGAAAACCUCCGUGUCAUUCUGGAGCUCCUGGCCAAAACGGAUCCGGAUCUGGACUUUGGUCCCAUCAUCCGAGAAUACAACCUGGAGGUGAAAAAAGAACUCGACUUUCGAACCGAGGCGGCAAACAUGGACGAGGUCCGGAGCGAGCUGCGCUCCAACAACGUCACGGCAAUCGUUCCGGAAACGAUCGAGGGGCUGGUACGGAAGCGCGUUCUGGUGAUGGAUUUCUGCCACGGCUUUCCGGUCAAGGACACGGCCUCGAUGGACGAGCGCGGGGUUGACCGGGAACUCCUCCUAGAGCGGGUCUGCCGGGCCUGGGCCGUCCAGAUGCACGUUGGRGGCCUGUUCAACGCCGACCCACACGGCGCCAACAUACUGGUGUCGACGGCGGACCCAAAGGACGCCUCGGUACCGGUCUUGUUGGACUUUGGUCUGACCAAGCGGCUGGACCCGCCCAUCAAGCUCGCCUUUGCCCGCCUCAUGCACUCGUCCUACGAGGGCGACGUCGACGCCCUGCUGAGGAGCUUCGAGGAAAUGGGCCUCAAGAUGAACCGGCACGACCCAAUGGAGGACAUGGCGAACAUGCAGCGCGGCUUUGGGGACACGGUUCCGCAAUCCCGGGCCAGGGACGCCCGCAAGCAGAAAAGCGCCGACUACAAAAGACGRGUGGAGGCACAGCGCACCGAGGAGGGGCUCGAGAAGGGCCAGAAGCUGCGGAACCCRGUCGAGGCCUGGCCGUCCGAGCUGGUCUUUUUCGGCCGGGUCACCAACAUGCUGAGGGGGUUGUGCUCGCAGCUCGACGUGAGCUACCCAUACCUGCAAACGAUGGCCGUGGCGGCACGGGAGACSCUCAAGUCCUCGGUCCCCAUCGAAGAGCACGCCACAACCCUGGUGCACCGCGAUUGCCCSCCGCUUGCGGGGGACRACGCCACUAGCGGCAGCAGASUUUCGACCGAUCUCGAGRAAAAACUGCGCGAGGCCCUCCCCCUCCUCGCCAAAGAAGGCCACAUGGUGGGUUUGCAGCUGUGUGUCCUCCGRGACGGAAAGGAGAUUGCCAACAUCGCGGCGGGAACGAUCGGCGUCGCAAACCCCAGGCCCGUGACGCCAUCGACUCUCUUCAACGUGUUUUCCGUCUCCAAGGGGGUCCUCACCGUUGGCGUGCUGCGCCUGGUGCAGGACGGGAGGAUCGAGAGCCUCGACGAUCCGGUCUGCAARUACUGGCCCGCCUUUGCUACCAAGCCCACCGUAACCGURCGGCACCUGCUGACCCACCGAGCCGGGCUCUCGAACGCCUACCCGGAGGACGCUACCCUCGACACGCUGCUCGAWUGGUCCGAGAUGACCAGAUUCAUGGCGGAAGACGCCCAGCCGAGCCACGAACCCGGAACAGAAACCCUGUACCACGCCCUGACGUAUGCCUGGUUGGUGGGGGGACUCAUCGAGGCGGUGACCCACCGGCCGUACGAGGAAUUCUUUGACGAACUGUUUCGCUCGCACACCUCGUUGGGAACAGACCCAACCACGCAGAGGCUGUUUUUGGCCGGUAUUUCCCGGGACCUGGAGUACGAGCGAGAACUAGCGGUKCUCUCGAUGAAUCGGAGCGGCAACCAACGGCAAGAAGGGAGGGAUACACAACRCCGUUCCACACGGAACAAGGAACGCGCCGCGGCUCCGAACGCGGAAACUCAAGAACGGGCCGAGAAAACCGAGGAAGAACGCAAAAAGGAAGCCAAGAAGAUGCUGGCAAAGUACCGCGGGAUGCAGCACCUCAUGAACCCGUCGGUCUUCAACAUGAAGAAGGUCCGAGAGGCGAAGCUUCCCUCGGCAAACGGGCACGCUUCGGCAUCCGCCCUGGCCCACUUUUUCGACGCUUUGGUCCGUCCRGAGGACCCMCUCCUGUCUCCCGGGAUUCUCGCACAGGCGCGAACGCCGUCGUCGUCUUCUUCUUCGUCGGCACCGGAAGUGGGGAACGCCGCCGUCCUGGACGAUGCCUCGUCGGACUUUGGCCUGGGCUUUCAGCUCCACAACUUUGUGCGUUCCGGYGGCGAGCGGGCAACCUCGAUCGGCCACUCCGGGGUGGGUGGCAGUGUGGUGCUGGCGAUCCCGGAAGAACGGGCCGUGGUGGCCCUGACCGUGAACCACCUGAGCAGCGACUGCGUGGCCCGGCAGCGGCUCCUGGGCAUCGUGUUUGACGAACUCGGGUGGCGAGCUCCCCCCAGCAUGCCGGUCCAGCAGAAACCGCAAGAACAACCACAAGCCUAGURGUAUAACCAGCAGAUUGCAGGCAAAGAAAGAGAAGAGUACCAAUGGUCUCUCGCAUCUAGAAAUAGAGAACACAGUUUUUG